AUGCUAACGGAGCACUUCGUCGCUUCGAUAGCGGCGCCCACGAAGCCGAAUACGGGCGUAACGAAGGACGCCGGGAUUUUCCUGCACGAGUACCAGCCAUUGGCGGCGCAGAGACAUGUUUUCAAGAAGAGCGCAUCGGCGCCGAAUGGGCUUGCGGUGAGCGCUUCGCAUAUCUUCGCGGCGCAGGAGGGCAAGGCGGUGGUGCAUGUGUAUAGCAGGGAGAAGGGGAAUCAGGAAGCCAUCGUGCCGUUUCCGGAGCGGAUACAUAGCAUUGCGCUGGCGUGCGGCGAUGCUGUGUUGCUGUUGGGUGCGGAGAGUGGACGGAUAAUGGCUUGGGAGGUCUGCACCGGCCGUGUAGUAUCAACCGCGACAUCCCACCUCCAACCCGUCACUGUCCUCGCCGUCGAGCCAUCAUCCAACUUCUUCCUCUCCGGCUCGCCCGACGCCAUGAUCCACGUCUGGAACCUCCCCUCGAUCCUUUCCUUCUCCCUCGACGCCUCCCGCUCCCCGAUACAGACCCUCUCUACCCACCGCGGCCCCAUCACCCACAUAGCCAGCGGCCACAGCUCAACAGCCGCCAACAUCGCCGUCUCCAUCUCCGAAGACAUGUCCGCCCUGGUCUGGGACUACCACAACGGCCAAGCCCUCCGCACCUAUCUCCUACCCGACACCCCCACCGCCGUAACCCUCGACCCCGCCGACCGAGCCUUCUUCGUCGCCUACGCCGACGGCAGUCUCCAGACGCUAUCCUUCUACGACGAGAUGCAGCAAUCCACACCCGUCGACGUCCUCCGCGAAGGCUCGCAAUCGCACCGCCCCCUCCAACCACCCCCAUCGACGCGCUUCAACGCCGAGUCGCAGAAACUCGGCGCAGCGCGCAGUCUGAGUCUAACCUGGGACGGCACCACACUAAUAUCGGGCCACGAAAGCGGCAAGAUUGCCGCCUGGGACGUCGCGAAGGGCACCUAUCUGUCCACCCUCGCCAGCCUCCCGGGACCCGUGACGAAUCUCCUUUUCCUUCCCCCGACGGGUUUCCCUUUAAACGCGGCAGAGCCCACGUUCAAGGUCCACACGGUGACGAAACCGCGGCAGGACCUCGUCAUGCCGGCGGAUGGGAAUGCGCUUGUGCCGCCGAAUUACGGCUUCAACAAUGUACAGUUCACGGGACGAUUGGAGCUGCCGUCGUGCUCGGCCACGGAGAUGGGGAGGCCAGAGGGCAGGAAAUCCAAAUUCGAGGAGGCGUUGACGCAUACCAGUUUCCCGCUUGAGAUGUUGGAGGAGAGUUUAGCGGAGUUGGAGACGUGGGGACAGCAGCAAUCUGGUGGUGCUAGUAAUGUAGUGCCUGCGGUGGCGGACUUUUUAUCUUUCGCUGGUGCUGCUGAAGAUACUGGCGCAGUACAAGGGGAUCAGGGCGGGAAGGAUGAGUUGCAGGAGUUGAAGGAGCAAUUUGCGGCUUUGCAGCGCAUACAGAAGGUUACGUUUACGCAGCUGUCGGAAUUGCGCGAGGAGAAGGAGUAUCUGCUUGCGAGGGAGAGGAAGAGGGUGCAGAAGAAGCGGAUGCAACAGGAGAAGAAAGAGGGUGGCAAGGAAGAAGGGGCUAUGAAUGGAGACGGAGAUGGGGAUGUUGAGAUGAGUGAGGACGAAGAGGAGGAAGAGGAGGAGGAAUCUUUAGGGUCGUCGGGAUCGGAUGAUGGGGUUGGAGGGAGUGAAGAGGAGGAUGGUACGUCCUCCGACUGA